AUGAACACCAUAACAGCACUGCAGUACUACAUCGACAAGAUGCUUAGCGACACGCCAGGCAUGAAGGUCCUUCUCCUAGACCAGGAAACGACACCCAUCAUCUCGAUGGUGGCGACCCAAUCUCAUCUCCUCCAAAAGGAGACCUACCUCGUGGACCGCAUCGAAAACAGUACCAGGGAUAAGAUGCGGCACUUGAAGUGUGUCUGUUUCCUGAGGCCGACUCCUGACUCGAUAGAGAAGCUGAUCCAGGAACUUCGGGACCCGUGUUAUGGCGACUACUAUCUCUAUUUCAGCAACCGCAUUAAGAAGACUGUAAUUGAGCGCCUUGCAGAGAUGGAUGAGCACGAAGUCGUACGGGAAGUUCAAGAAUACUAUGCUGAUUACUACGCCAUCAAUCCAGAUUGUUUCUCGAUCAAUCUCGAUUCAGCGACGAUACCGUUGUAUGGGGACUCUUUCACGGCAUGGGACAACACUAGCUUCACCAGGACUGUAGACGGGCUGCUGAGCGUGCUUCUCUCUUUGAAAAAGAAACCAUUGAUCCGGUAUCAGCAGAGAAGCGCAAUGGCCAAGCGACUCGCCACAGAAGUGCAGUUCCAAAUCCAGCAGGAAGGACAACUAUUUGAUUUCCGAAAGUCGGACACACCGCCCAUCCUGCUGAUUCUUGAUCGUCGCAACGAUCCUGUGACACCACUGCUUUCUCAAUGGACAUACCAGGCCAUGGUCCAUGAGUUGAUCGGAAUUCGUAAUGGAAGAGUAGACCUAUCAGGAGUGCCAGGGAUCAAACCAGAACUGAAGGAAGUUGUGCUGUCAUGCGACCAGGACGCCUUUUUUCAAAAGAACAUGUUUCUGAAUCUGGGAGAUUUGGGCGCCAAUAUCAAGAGUUACGUGGAUGAAUAUCAGACAAAGACCAAGUCCAACAUGAACAUCGAGUCGAUUGCAGACAUGAAGCGCUUUGUGGAGGACUAUCCCGAGUUCAGAAAGUUGUCCGGGAAUGUCUCGAAGCAUGUGACGCUCGUGGGCGAACUGAGUCGACUAGUCGAUCAAGGAAAUGUGUUGGAGGUCUCGGAAUUGGAGCAGAGUUUGGCAUGCUCGGAUUCUCACAACAACGAUCUCAAGAACUUGCAACGCCUGAUCAGCAGCCCAAAGGUCAGCGAUGGCAGUAAGAUCCGUUUGGUCCAGUUGUACGCGCUACGCUACGAAAAGUUCCAGGGUAACGCCGUUGCCUCUUUAAUCGAUCUGCUUUACAAGAGUGGAUUGAGUGAACGCGAAAUCGCUUCACUAGAUACCCUGAUGCAAUAUGGCGGUGCAUCUCAAAGACAGGACGAUUUAUUUUCGAACGAAAGUAUUCUCUCGCGUGGAAGGAGUGCGCUCAAAGGGCUUAAGGGAGUUGAAAACGUGUACACGCAGCAUCAACCUCAGCUGGCCCAAAUUCUGGAACAGCUGCUAAAGAUGCGACUCAAGGAGGCGAGUUACCCCUUUGUCGAGGGCUCAGCUAGUCGGGAUCGGCCUCAGGAUAUCAUUGUCUUUAUGGUGGGCGGAGCAACAUAUGAAGAGGCGAGAUAUAUUUCCAUGCUGAAUGCCGCUACUCCCGGGGCACGUAUUAUCUUUGGAGGCACGAGCAUUCAUAACAGUCAGAGCUUCCUACAAGAGCUGGUCCACACACAAAGGAGGAUGCCUAGUCAAGGAUCAGAUCCUAGCCGCGCACGGCACACGCAAGCAGGUCUUCCAUGA